UUUUCUUCUCCUCCCAAGCUUCUCUUACCUUCUCAGAAAGUUAUGACAAGUUCCAGUGUGACUGAACGGAGACAAGCCACAAGGGCUGUGUGGAGCAGAGAAGAGGUAACCAGCCUGAGCUCCAGCUGCAUGAAUCGCUCACUGAGCGGCUGUUAGAGCCAGGUGUUGAUUUGAAGCUGCAAGUGUGCUGACAGGUCCAAGUCCUGAAAAAUGACUCAGUCGGUGCAAGUUAACCCAAAGCUGCCUGAUUUGGGCUCUCCAUUCCUUUACUCUGGUCAGGAAGAGGCUGACCAGUCAGGAUCUUAUUCUGUCCAGACUCCGUAUGGCUUCCAGCUGGAUCUGGACUUCCUUAAAUAUGUAGAAGAGAUAGAGAGUGGGCACAAUGUCCGCCGGGCACCUGUCAACUCCCGGCGUACUGGACGGGGACUAAAACUUUCCCAGAGGAGUCCAGGUGUGGGGGGGCGUACCAGUGGCUGGACAUCCACAGAGUCGCUUGCAUCCCCAGCUAGUGAAGAUGGUAGAGCUCCUCCACCACCGCCACCACGUAACCGCCUUGGGUCAGCACCGUGCGAGGGAUUCUCUCUUUCCCCUGUAACCCUCCUCAGUGUCCCUCCCCUGUCUGCUGGGGCCAAAGUGCCACCACCUCCACCACAACGCAACCCCAGAGUGGAGCGGACUCUUCUGGAAACCAGCCGGAGGUUACAGCAGGAACAAACCCACCAACACCAGAAUGGUGGGCGCUUUCAGCUUGCAGAUCCUCCAAAACAGCUCUUACCCUCUUCAUCCACUCAGCCUCUACAGAGUAACUGGACUAAACCCAGUCCUCAGACCUCUGGGCACAGCACUCCAGCUUCUGGCACCGCAAUGACCCCAAUACCACCCAGCCAGCUGCAGACAGUUAGAGAGCAGAUGGCUACGGCCUUGAAGCAGCUGAAAGAGAUGGAAGAACGGGUAAAGGGUGUUCCUGCACUUGAAAAAGAGGUGGCCAAACUUCGUGCAGAGAAAGACAUGCUUCUGUUAGCCCUGCAGGAGAAGAAAGUAGCCAUGGAGGUCGCCCAGCAGAAGCAUCCAUCUACAGAGUCUUCUACUCAAACCACAGAGACCUUCCAAAAUGACCACAGUCGACUGACUUCACCAACCUCAACUGGACACAAGGGCGUUGUAAAAUCUGGUGAGCUAAAGCGGCUUGCAGAGAAAUUUGAGGCAAAGGAAGAGAAGUCUCCAGAACGGUCACCUAAAGUUUUAGUAAAUACUCCUGAAAAAGUAGUGGUUCAGAAGAAAUCAGUGGCUGUUGGGGGUGACAUGCCAAUGGCCUCUGUUGUUUUCUACUACAGCCAGGGUGUAAAGGAUGCUUCUGAGGGCACACAAGUAGAUGUUUGUGAAAAAUGCACAGGAACAGAGCUACCUCUGGUUCAGGAUGAAGGAAUACAAACCAGAGUAGAGACGCAGGAGGCUGAGGUUUGGGUGAUGGAGUCACUACUUGGGCUGACUUCAGAGGCACAGCAUGAGAUAGACACCUUACAGGACACCAUCAAAUUCCAGCAAGAGUCCAUUGUGUCUCUAGAGGAUCGGUUGAGUGCAGCCGACAAUGACCUGGGAAUCCUUAGAGCCCAGAUGGAGGAGAAAACGUCUAAAGUCACAUUUGAGAAAGGGGUUCUCGCCAAACCAGACAUGACAAAUGCCCAAGUAGAGACGCUGACCUCUACGUUAAAGCAUGCUGCAGUUUUGUGUCAUCCUGAGUUGACUGAUGUAUGUGUAGGUGAAGGUUUAGCAGUAGAUCAGAUCGAACAGGGCACCCAGACUGAUGCUGCAGUGACACCAGCUGAACCAGUUCCUGUUGCGCUGGUCAGCACUGGGUGCCAAUGGGAGAACCUGUGUGAGAAAAAGACUGAGGAGCAGAAAGUUACACUGCCAAAGAAGAGACAGCUGACCAUUGCUGAAUACAAGGUCUCACCAGAAGAAGAGGUGGUCGGUACAGUUGAAACGAAAGAGGGAGAACAAGAAGAGAAGAUUGCAGCCAGCAAUACCAAGACAGGUAUGCUGAAAUCAAUCAUGAAGAGGAAGGAUGGGAGUAACUCGGGCGAGAAUCGCACCACUGGCAAGAAGAGCCUGCAAUUUGUUGGCAUUCUAAAUGGAGGGUAUGAGUCUACAUCCAGUGAAGAAGAUGAAGAGGAAGAGGAGGAAGAAGAAGAGGAAGAUGGUAGUUCUUCUGGAGAAAGUGGAGAAGGCGAGUGCUUGGACAGCACAGAAGAAGAUGAGGCAGCUUUGGAGGAAGAAACAUCUGAGGAGGAGAGAAAUGUGAACCUGGAUGAGAGUGACACUGACGAAGAAACACUGAGAGCUGCAAAUUAUUCAUCUGAUGGUGUGAAAGAAAAGUUUGAGCUGAGCUCAACAAUGCGUGAAGCCUGCCUCAUUUUGAAGAACCACCUAAACGAUGACAUCAAAACACUGAAGAGUAAGGAAGUGCUCUCCAGCACCCACACUGUCCAGCUCGAGUGGUUCCGUAUCUCCAGCGCCAAGAUGGCUCAGUCACCACGGGUCUCAGACUAUUUGAUGGCGUUCUCUGAGGUGUCGUCAGUGCUGCUGGAACAUGUGGUCAACAUGACAGAUGGCAACGGCAACACAGCUCUUCACUACAGCGUCUCCCACUCCAACUUUGGCGUAGUCGGGCUGCUGCUGGAUACGGGUGUGUGCUGCGUGGAUAAGCAGAACAAGGCAGGCUACACAGCCAUCAUGCUGGCUGCUCUCUCAACCGUAAAGGAGGAGGACGACAUGGCCGUGGUGAAGAAGCUCUUCAGUCAGGGAAAUGUCAAUGCCAAGGCCAGCCAGGCAAGCCAGACGGCGCUGAUGUUGGCAGUUAGCCACGGGCGGCAGGAGAUGGUGCGGGCCCUGCUGGAGUGUGGCGCUGAUGUCAAUGUGCAGGACGAUGAGGGAUCUACAGCUCUGAUGUGUGCCAGCGAGCAUGGCCGGGCUGAGAUCGUCAAACUGCUCCUGGAACAGCCUGGGUGUGACAUAUCCAUUGUAGAUAAUGAUGGCAGCAAUGCUCUGUCCAUUGCACUGGAAGCGGCCCACAAUGACACAGCUGUGCUACUUUAUGCUCAUAUGAACUAUGCUAAGACCCAGCCUGCUGUGGGGAGUCCAAAGGCCCAGCCAAGAAGCCCCACGAGCCCCCACAAGUCUUGGCCUGAAGAGUGACACAAUUAUAGCCGCUCACCGAUUCGGACAGACCAGCAAACAUAACUGGAUCUGAGCUGUGAAAAGCUCCACUGGAAUUUACUUAAAUAUAUAUGUAUUUAUAUGUUGCCAUAUGUCUUGCAUUUCUAAGUAUUGUUAAUAUGAGAAUGUUAUUUUUCCAUCAAAGUGGUGAAUGAUUAUAUUAUAUACUUA